AGUGCUUUCAAUUGGUCAUAUGAAAGUUAAGUUUCCGCUCUACUGCCCACAUGCCGAGGACAAACUGCAUUCGUUAUCUCAAAAUCUGCAAGAGCAACGGACAUGCCAGGAGGCUGUUGAUGAAAGACCUCUGGACGACUCGUCGCUCAUUCAUCUAGUAUCCAGCCAUGCUGCUCAUGCGUGGUCGGCGUACGGAACCAGGCUCGUCGUCACGAGGCCCAGUGUCUUGGCCUCGAGUCCAUCCGUGGUUGAUAAUCUCUAACACUCCACACACGUUCCCCCUGCCCGCUCACUGCGAGCAACCUGCGUAUAUCACCUUUCGAUGCCUCGCCCGACGCUUAGCGCGCAUUCUGCUCCGCCAGGCUCGAGCGUCUAUCACCACCCCGAUGUGCACACGAACCCCAAGCAUUCCAGCAGCAUGGCCGACUUCGAGGUUGAGCAUUCUCCAGGUCAAUCUACGGCCGCACUGCCCUCAUUGCGGCGUAGACGGCCAUCGGAAGACUUCGACAACGAGACGGCAUUCCGAUCGAGCGUGGCCGCUCUCCUGAUGAUCAAGGCGCAUCCAUUCGCGGUGUCCGGGCGUAUACCGAUCGACCCGUCCGCAUUGACUCUGUUCUUCCGUUCAAAAAGCGGCAUCACACACUCGGUCGACUUCCCGAUCGACAUCGACCAUGAUAUGCCACCAGCGCUUGACGUGCUGAUCGCGGCGUGCAGACCACAUCCCACCGGCGUAGACGGCUACACGUCUCCUGAGAACGAAUCGUUAUUCUACCCUCCCGAUCUCCCGCUCACCACGACCCUCGAAAUCGCGAACCAUCCGAUCCUCGAGACUGUACGGAAUAUGCUCUUCCCGACGCUCCCCGUGGGGCACUACCUAACUGCGAUCCGGGACAAGCUUGAGAUCGUGCUCAAAGGCAACAGCCUGCCCGUCCAGCAGCGGCCAAGCGACAAUCGCGUCGCGACAAUCGUGGUGACGCUGCCCGUGCGUUUCCGUGGCGGGACCCUCAUCGUACGCAGUACCGAUGGGCGCGAGGACCAGUUUGCCGGGCGAGGUGGGAAGAGCGGCGAUAUGGAGUGGACGGCGUUCAUGGCGGAUGCGGACCAUGAGGUCGACACGGUGCAGAAGGGCUGCAGGAUCACGAUCAGCUACGGUGUGCAGCUCAAGACGUUCGGGCCCGCGCUCAUCCAGCCUGAUCCGUUAAUCGUACCGAGCGACGCGUUCCUCGAUCUGCUCUCGCCGAUACUGAACAGGUCUCGCGGACGGCGACUCGCGUUCUACCUCACGGGGGACUACGGUGUCAAUCCUGCCGAAUCGCUCGCCGAGUCGCUCGUGCCAUACCUCAAAGGUGGCGACUCGCUCCUAUAUCACGCCAUCAAGCUCUAUAAGCUCUCACCGGAGCUCCGCUGGACGGCAGGCGGGUACAUCUGGCCCGUCGAUAAGACCGUCGAGCUCCUCAGCGAUCUCAGCGAGAGCCCCAAUGGCUCGCAUGCGCGCAUGCCCAUCUCUGUCAUCAAUGGCGGGCGCCUACCCGGUACAUUCAACUCGUCCACACUGGAGCCUGAUGGCCAAGAAGACGAUGACCUGCACCGCCGCGUGCAAAAGAGUGGCGCGGUGCCCAUCGCCGAGACGGACAUCGUGCUGCUGAACGAUUUUAGUGUGACGGGGCCGAUCACGAAAGAGCGUGUGCCGUUUGCGCAGGGAAGGGACUUGGAGAAGCUCGUGGUGAAUGUGCUGAUGGUAGUUUUUGUUCCAUGAUGCAUAUAUCUUACUGUUUCUGUCGUUUUUGUUUGCUUUUUUUUUGGUUUAGUUGUGCAUGUAUGUAGUAUAGUGUUGUAUCAUCAGCUUGCAUUUAGGAGGACUCUAACAGACCUCAUAAUUACCCGC